UCAUUUCUUCUUUCCCAAAUGCCCCAAGCAGGGGGCGUUGCCUGCUCUUCCUCAAUCCAAUUGAUACCCUCUACUGACGAAUUUCCCCACCCAAUAGUCACCGUCAUCGGCAAUCCACUGCAGCUUGACCCUCGCUGAUCUCUUUCCGAUUGGAUGGAUAUUGAGCUUGAUUAGGCACUAACUCAGUUUAUUUAGUCUCCAGAUGAUCCACCAAUGGAGAGGCACGUUCAGGUAUUCCUCAACCGCAUCUCCUAUGCCUUCAUUGCUAUAGCCACACUAAUCUUUUUCUUCCUCUACCUCCACAUCCCCGAUACUUGUUUCGAUCCCUCUGACCCUAAACUGAAACCUCACAGCCGGUUCCCAAAAUCUACAUGUGACUUUACCCACCGCUCAUAUGUUCCCAUAGAACAGCGCAAUCACCGCAUAUGGUCCACCAAGACCUGGACCAGUGCUGUCUCCUCCUACACCUCCCUUUUUAAAGCUCUUCAAGCUCAAAACUACCUUUUGAAUCAAUCCCGGGUCCUAAUUUCAUCAGCUGGAGCAGGGCACGGGGUCCAGGCGCUAUACGAAAUGGGUGUGGAGGAUGUCACUGCAGUGGAGCUGGUUGAGUCUCCUCCACUGGUGACCAGGGGGGAUCCCCAUAACUUGCCAUUUUUUGAUGGGGUUUUUGAUCUCGGGCUCGGGGUGUACUUGGAUCGAUCCCUGUUUCCGAGUCGGUAUGUGGAUCAAAUUGAGAGGACAGUUCGGGGAGGGGGUGUUUGUGUGGUGACUGUGGAGGAGUGUGGAUCACAGGAAGUGAAGGAUAUUGUGAAAUUGUUUAAGAAAUCUCGAUUCAUCGAUGCAAAGGAUGUGGUUUUAGCUGGUGAGAAACGGACAAGAAUUGUUAUGAGAGUCAAAAGUCCCUUUUGAAGCUUGCAAUCUUUAAUCCCAUUUUCUCACACAUUUUGUUGGCAGCAACCAUAAUUAUCUUUCUGUAUUUCAUUAUCUUUUCCCAAACACUCUGGAAUUAAGUUAUAUGUUGUUGUGAA